AUGAAAUUCGCAGUAUUUUUCGCACUAACGGCAUUAGCCUGUGCUAUGCCUUCUCUACCACAACCACAAGACUCAAAGCCAGCUUAUCAAAUAAUCUCUUUCUUCAAUCUACCUAUCGUGCGAGCACAAAGCGCUCCAACAGCAAGUGCGCAAGACGCUAUCACCAACAGUGAAGAAAUCGACUUUCGACCACGUGCUCAAGGCGCCGUAACCGCCAGCGACGAAGCCGACGACGACUUGAGUGCAUUGUCCGGCUAUGGAGAACCGAUGGCUACUGAAGCUGAGAUCCCAAAGAGCUCGGACGCUUUUUUGAUCGCUUCCCCUCCUCAAGUUCAGUUCAACGUUCAACCCAGCGAAUACAAAGCGCCUGGUCAGAUUGGCGUCGCGCCAACCUUCACCGGCGGGUUCCGGACGCCUCUCAGCGAGACUGUUAAGCAAUUUGACGGCGAAAAGGGCGCCAUCACCAACCCUGCGGCUUUCUUCAUGGAAGGCGCCGACUUGGACAAGGUUCAGAAGCCCAAGUGCCAAAUGUUGGGUUGUGAUGGACCAAUUGCCAACGAUGAAGAUAUGAAUUUGGUGCUGAAAAAGGACUUGAAUGGUCCUGAUUCGCAAUGCCACAAGACUUUUGUGCCUUUAAAUGGUUGCGUGGAUGGUAAAGGGUACCCAGUUGGUAUGGUUUGCACCAUCUGCUGUGAUUGCAGUGCUUCGUUGAAGCUUGAGCUCAGCAAAUCACGCGGUUUCAAAGAUGGUUUCCGCGCUGAUCUUAACUAA